UUUAAAAACCUAAGCCUUUCUCAAAUUGUAGCAGGGAAAUCGUACCUUCGUAGGUUCGACUUUCAUAAAUUCAAGAGAAUGACGAACUCCGAAGUAACUGACGAUAAGAAAGGCAAAAACAUUGUAACCUUCAAUAUUUCAAAAAGUAAUCCACUCAUGAUGGAGAAACUUAAAGUUUUGUGCCGCCAUCUGAAGUCCAAAGGGUAUAACCUUGCUGUAAACAAGGGAGUGAUUUCAAAAGAUUGUUUAUCUUAUUCCAGCAUCUUUGUUUUAAUGCUACCAAGUGAAAAACUGAAAACAAGAGAACUUCAAAAUCUGGAUAAAUAUAUGAGUUGUGGUGGAAAGAUCUUAGUAACUGAAAGCGAGGGCAAAAACUUAUCCAAUAUUAACAGUUUUCUCAAGAAAUUUGGUAUAGAGUUCCGUAACGAUUCUGUGAUUCGAACUCUUCGUUUCGCUCCUUACCAUUACCCAAAAGAAGCCCUCAUUUUGGACAGUAUCGCUAAUGCAGCUUUAAGUGAUGGAUAUCAUGGAUAUCCAUAUACCAAAAAGGAGAAACGGUACAAACUGUUUCCAUUUAUAUAUCCUUUCGGUUGUUCUAUGGAUGUGCAAAAAAAUUCUGUAGUGCUACUUUCUACUGGAAAUGUAUGUUAUCCGUUCAGUAGACCUGUAUGUGCUUUUUAUCAAGAUACAAGAACUGAUGGCAGAAUAAUAGCUUUAGGUUCAACGUUAGCUUUUACUGAUGACUACGUUCGUAAGGAGAAUAAUUUAAAGUUGGUGGAAAUAAUUUUCCACUUUCUAACUGACAAAGUUGUAAACCUCAACCUACCAGACGUUCAGUGCCCGGAUAUUUCUGAUUAUGCCUUAAUACCGAAUAUUGCCGAGCUUUCUGACUUUCCAUACAGUUGUCUGCAAAACAGCGAAGAAACGUCUGCGUAUUCCAUGGCAAUGCUUCAACGAAAGAUUUACCAGUUUGACAACAGGCAUGUCUCGAGAGUUUGGUCAGCAUACAAAGAAUUGAAUAUGAUGCAUGAGAAACUGCAAAUAAUUAAACCGAAAUUUGAAGCUCCUUUGCCAGUCCUACGACCAGCCUUAAUACCACCAAGAUUUAGAGGUCUAUCAAAUCCAGGUCUGGAAAUGUUCGAUUUGGAUGAUUUUUUUAUGUCCCCAAGUACGAGGCUUUCUCAACUGACUAAUAAAUGUACGGAUGAUGAUUUGGAGUAUUAUAUUCGGGUAUGCAGUAAAAUUAUAGGCAUAUCAGAAUCUUUCUCUAAUCAAAUGAAUGCUAAAAAUAUUCUCGAAUACUUAUGCUACAAUAUGUUAUCUUUAAAAAGGAAUUACAUUUAUUGAAAAAUAUUCACGUUUCCUUAAAUGUAUUAAUGGAAGCAAUAUAAU